UCAGUAGCAACGGAAACCAAGCAACGGUCGCUGUUUGAAAAUUUCAAAUGCGUUGUUUUCAAACAAAAAACAAGCCGGCUUGAAACCUUCAAAGCACCUGGCACAGAACAGACAAAACCCCCCUCAUAUGUUAAAUUUCGAAUCGUAUAUUUUGCUAUAAUCCUCUAAAAAUGGGUGAUUCCCAAGACGCCUGCAGGCAACUUCUUCCCCGCGCGAUCUUCGGGAUCAACGGAAAGGUAGAGAAUGGAGUGCGCCAACAUCCGAUCACCGGAUCCAUUAUCUUUCCACUUGGCAACAAAAUAGGUAUUGCCGAUUAUAAGAAGAACACCCAGGAGUUUGUGGCCGGACAUACAAAUACUAUAUCAUGUCUGGAUCUAAGCAAGAGCGGGAAGUACAUGGCCUCGGGCCAGAUAAACCAUAUGGGAUUCCGUGGAUAUGUGAUAAUCUGGGAUUACGAUCAGCGCAAGGAGAUCUCUCGUCAUGAUCUUCACAAGGUAUCAGUCCAGGCCAUAUGCUUUACUGCCCAGGAUCGCUGCGUGGUGUCUAUUGGGGGAGUAGAUGAUGGAUCCGUCAUCGUUUUCGAUAUGGAAGCAUUCUCUCCCAUCUGCCAAACACCCGCCUCGAGGGCUAUAUCGGGAAAUGCCCUGACAGUCCGACCGAUGCACAACAAUCCGUACUUUUUCGUAACUGCCGGAGAUCGCCAUCUGCGCCUUUGGAGUAUACUGCGCGAAGAGAAGAAACUUUACGUUCAGGAUGUCUUAAUGGCCAGCAAGACACGGGUUUUCUACUGUGCCCGCAUCGAUAAGAGUGAUGAGUUUGCCUAUUUGGGCACUGGAACUGGCGAUAUUGUAAAGAUCGUUCUUAACUGUUGCGAUCGAGAUCAUGUGAGCAAGCCAGGAUCAACCAGUUGUAUACUGGGAGCCUUUGGCACCCACAAUCCCCGAAAGCCAACUGGCAGAGACUGCGAUCGCUAUGUAAAUGGUGUUCGUGCUUUAUAUGUUUUGGAAGGAGGACGUCUGCUCAUUGGAGCUGGAAAUGGUGAUAUCGAGCUGGUGGAGGAACGAACUGAUGUGCCGCUUAUUAACUUCCGGGAUUAUCCGGGUCCUACAUGGCCAUAUCUACGCACGUUGAAGAAGACUCAUGUUUCGGGGAGGAUUUCGUCUUUCGUCCGCUCCAAGCCGGAAAUGUUUUACAUCUGCACGGAUACUAAUGAGAUUUAUGGACUUAAUAUUAAGACUUGGGUGCUUAAGUUGUUGCGAACAUGCCACACAAAGUCGGUUUACUGCAUCACGUUUCCCAAAAACUAUUCUGGCGUUUUUGCGACUUCCGGCAGGGAGUGCAUCCGCAUCUGGUCAUCUGGACGCAAACAGGAGCUGCUUCGCAUCAUGGUCUACAACUUUAACUGCGCUUGCGUUCGCUUUACCCAUGAUGGCACCAGUAUUGUCUCUGUAUGGAAUGAUGGAAUCAUUCGGGCCUUUACUCCCAUCACCGGAAGACUCAUCUAUGCCAUACCCAAUGCACACAACAAGGGUUGCAGUGCUUUGGCUGUAGCUUCCACGGGUCGCCUAAUCGUCACGGGUGGUAUCGAGGGACAAGUGAGAGUGUGGAAGAUAGAUCCCUAUCGUCAAGAUCUUGUGGGUGUCCUGAAGGAUCACUCUGGACCCAUAACCUCGCUGGAUAUGAAUUAUCUAGACACUGAAGUGAUCUCGGCAUGCACUGAUGGCUCUUGUGUGAUCUGGGAUAUAAAACGCAUGACCCGUAAGCAAGUGGUUACUGCCAACACUCAAUUUAUGUCCGCUUCCUACUUUCCAACUGGAGUUCAAGUAAUUACCUGUGGAUCGGACGGCAGAAUCAUCUACUGGAUGGUGUACAAUGGAGCCUUGAUCAGGGAACUGACUGCCUCCAAGAAGUCCUCUGUUAACUGCUUGGCCAUGAAUGAAACUGGGGACUACUUUAUCAGCGUGGGCAGUGAUCUCCAGGUUAAGCUCUGGGAUUACAACAGUGGUGCAGUGGUGGGCUUGGGUUCCGAACACGCCUCCUCGGUAAUCAGUUGUGCCUAUAGUCCUUGCAUGACCAUGUUUGUCACUGGAAGCACAGACGGAUCGCUGAUUAUCUGGGAUGUGCCGAGGGACUUCUGGGGCAGACCCAAUCCACCGGAUGCUACAAAAUACUCGUUGCCCAAGACUACGUCCAAGUCUAAGAUGAACGAAGUACCGUCCAGAGUGAAUUCUGGCACAAAUCUGAAGACUCCGAAGGGCGAAAACAUAGAUGGGCUGCUGAAGGCCACUCCUAAAGACGACCUAUGUUGCGUGGAGUGUCCACCUUGCGCCAAAAAGGAAGCCAAGGUCGGUGAUCCAUAUGCCGAGUGCGGAAUCGUUCCGGAUGUGAGGAAGUGCUGAGGUUUAUUCGUUUGCGUUUACUAUAUUUUAUGAAAUAAAUGCAACUUUUCUUUA